AUGGAAGAUAGGCUGUGGGGCCUUCUUGAAGAGAAGGGCUGCAGUGCUGUGGGUUUGCUUCGCAUUCACUUUCAGACUCCUUGGCACCUGGCAUGCGCAGUGGACAGUGUUGAAGACGCUGUGCGAUUGGCAGAGCAGAUCACUCCGAGUUCGAUUCCUUCGGACCACAAACGGUUGGGAUCUCAGAUCUGGGAGUGGAUGACUGCUCACACAGGUCUUUUCAAGCGGGUGCAAAGCAGGCUUACUGCGAAGGCCACACGAAUUGAAGCGACCCCUGGAAAUUCGGUGUCUCCUUGUGAUAUCUUCGAUCAGUGCGUGAGCAAUAGUCUUGAUCUUUGCAAGCAGACCAGUCGUGCACAUGCUAGAUGGAUUUCGAAUGGCGCCGGGACCCCGGCGGAUGCAGAAAAAUCUUCCAAGAAAUUCUGGGGAACUGUCCUGGUUCAGAUCAUGGUGGAGGCAAAGCUUCCUAUCGUUGACAUUCCGGUUGAGAAUGAGGAGCAGCGUGUUUCUUAUGCUCUCCGAGCCUUGGGAGCUCGGAUGUCCAAGACACUCAGGAAUCGUGCAAGGGCCUGGCGCAAGGCUCGUGACUGGAUGCUUUCAGUGAAAGGUUACCCUUUCCCGAAGAGUCCUUCUGAUGUUGUAGAUUACCUCAUCUUCUUGGAGCAGGAGGUGGGUACAAAGAGCUGCAUUUCUGAGCUUAUGAGCGCAUUGUCUGUCAUUGAGGAUGCUGGACAGGUUCCUUUGACAAAUCAGCUGUGCAAGAAUCGAUUGGUCGUCGCGGCCUCAAAGAGCACCGGGGCUGAAGUGCAGGAGGGGAAAACCAGCAGGAAGCAGGCGGCUCCCCUUUCGGUGGCGAUGUUAUUAUCUUUGGAAAUUUUUGUGGUGACUGGUACGAACCCUCAUUAUGCUCGGUGCCUGAUGUGGGCCUGCUUGGUUUGCGUAUGGGCUUGUAUGCGUGUCUCUGAUCUGCAAGGAAUUGACGUUUCUCGCCUUAGGCUUUUUCGUGAGGGGCUUAAGGGCUUUUUAGUGAAGACCAAGACGACAGGACCUGAUAAGAAGGUGGCCGAAGUUCCUUUCUUUAUAGGCAGGUGUGUCGGGAUAUCAGGACGUGAUUGGUUGGGCACUGGAUUUGACCUGUGGAAAAGCUUGGGACAGCUUGAUCGCACUUUCUUGGUUUUCCAGUCUUCUGAAGAUUUUGAGGAGCCGUCUUACAAAUUCGCCAAGCCGGAGGUCAUUAGCAAUUACAUGCGUCUUAUUUGGCGCCAGCUUUUGGUUCCAUUCAGGAAGCUUGGUGAAGAUGUUUGGAGAUCCAGGGCUGAGGGGAAGCUGCUGGGCGAUGAGUGCUAUCUCUUCUGGACAGGUCACAGUAUGAGACAUGUUUUGCCGACAAUUGCAGCGGUGCUUGGUGUUCCGAAGGAGCAGAGAGAUUACCUUGGCAGGUGGCAUGUCGGUCUGCACCAGAGUGCGGAUUACAUACAUACAUGUCGCCAGAUCGUGCAUGACUUGCAGCGACGGGUUUGUGACAAACUCUCGGGCGGAAAGCCUGGCUAUGAUGAGGAAGAGUUGUUUGAUGAGCUUAGGGCCUGGCUUCGGGAGAGAGGCCUGGACCCUGAACCUUGGUUGAAGCUUCAUGCCGUGAUGCGCACCGUGAAUGGUUGCAAGGUUUUGAAUCAGAGAUGGCCGCUGCUUGAGGAUGCCACCGAAAGGUCGGACGACGCUGCCCCGGCCCCGCUGGCACUCAGGGCACAGGCGGCUGCACAUACGAAAUGGCUGCUGGGAGAGCUCAUCUUCAAGUUCGGGGGAGUCUUCCUCCACAGACUUGGGAACACGGGGUCGAACUUGCACUUCAGUUUGCUAUCGGUCAACAUUACAAGAGCAUUCGCACUUUUGCUGCUUUCGCUGAUGAUCGUGGUGCAGCUCGUACUGCGAUUACAGCCGAUUUCGCUAUCAGGCCUGAGAGCGCGGCGGAUCGAGCUAGGCUACACCGUGCCGGAGUCCGAGGAGCCGGGCAAGGACGGCGAAGGGGAAAAAGGCGGCAAGGACGGCAAAGGUGGCAAGGACGGCAAAGGGGGCAAGUCCACUGGCAAGAUUCAGGUCGGGGAGUCCUGGUACGAUUUGGUGGCCAAGACCCCGGAUGGUCGCGAGCUGUGUUAUGCAUACAACAUCAAGCGGGGAUGUCAGGUCAAAGGCUGCCAGCGCGUUCACGCAUGUCGUGUUAAGGGCUGCCAAGGCAACCACCCAGCAUAUCAGCACGGUCCCACUCGCAAAUCGGAUGUUCGUGGCUCCCUGGAGGCGCUUCGCAAGGCACAGAGUAUCACUUUGGUAAUGUCUGAAAUUGACAUCUGCCGCGAUCCCAAACUAGACUGGGAAGGUUGUCGGUUGGUCCUGGCCGGGUACGCCAUUGCGAACGACGGACAGCUUGUGGAAUCGGACCGGGAUGCUUUACUUGACUUGGGAUUCGACCUGCCAGGAAAGCGAAAGCGGGGCCACUGCGAGACCACGACCGCAGGGGAUGCUGGCGACGAUGGGAAGGAGAUUGAGGACCUACCUUAUAGUGAGCUGAAGUCUGGCUGUGAGGGACCGCCCUUGGUGGGCGAGUUCGCAGGGGCGACUGACGAGUUUGUGGACGGCUUCGGUAGAUGCUCGCCGGGGCGUUGGAAACCUAUCUGCCGGGGGCGCCACAUGUCUCCUGCCGCCACUUCCUUCGCACAACAGCUUAAGGAUCGUGUUCGAAAGUUUGUUCUUGAAAAUGUGCCUGAUCUGGCAAAAGCGACUUUUCGUCUGGCGACGGGGCAUUGGAAUGGUCCCUUGUUCGCUCCGGAGGCAAUGGACAAACUUCGCGAGGACUGGUUCUGCAUGCUGCCGGAUCCUGUACGAGCAAGGGAGCUGAUUCCUCAUCAGCCAUUCUACUUGAGGGCAAUGGCACAGACCCUAAAAAUCUUGGAGGAUCCCGACUACCGCAUCAUCGAGGAGGGCAAGUUCUGCUUCGUGAAUGGUGUGGAGGUCGGACACACUGCGCCAUUGGGGCCGGUCCCUCAAGUCUUCAGAGCUCGUCGAAAGGAUCAGAAAUACGAUGAGUCCGACUGGCAACCGCUGAUGGAUAAUUAUCGGGACGGCCCUGAGGUUGCAAAAUCGCUUGAGGAGGCAUUUGCAAAAGAAGAGGCAGAAGGCCGUAUGUUCCCACUUUCUCUUUCAGAGGCCCGGGCCCGCUAUCCGGGGGCGGCACUUCGUAUUGCAGCGCAGGCAGUGAUUCCGAAACCUGACCAAGACUUUCGUGUGGUCCAUGAUGGGACCCACGGGGUCCACGUCAACAAUGAGAUUGUUAUGCUGGACCGUCUUGAACCAGGGGCUAGGGAAGUGUCCGCGAUCCAAAAGCUGGGCAACGUGUCUGAUGAGAAAGUCCUCUUCGGGCUUGUGGGGGACGUGAAAAAGGCGCACAGGCGCUACUUGCACCAUCCCGACCAUUGGGGGGUGCUCUCCUGCAGAACUCGGAGCGAUUCCUCUGUGGUCUGGGUCAAUCGCACCGGGACUUUCGGAAUUGCUUCAGCGGCUUAUUGGUUUGCGCGGAUCAUCGGUCUUGUGGGCAGGCUUUCCCUCAGAGUUCUUCUUCAGGCAUUCCUCUUCAUGCUCAUUUACGCUGAUGAUCUUCAUGUGCUCAGUGGGGGGCCCGAUCGCUGGCUCAAUCUUUGGAUGUCCCUUGCGCUUCUUUGCCUCCAGGGUGCCAUUGGAUCAUCGGUGGCAUCGAAUCCAUGGAGGGAAAUGGCUGGCUUGUUGAUGUCCGACGAUUUCAUGAGCUUCACGGGUUUAUCGCUGACCGCUUGA